AAUCUCUUCCCUUCAGAAGUGAGACUUGAGAAUGGAACCUUGCGUCAUCAUCAACAAUAAUAUGGCGGAUUAUCGCAGAUUACCUGCUUCUCCUCUUCAUCACCUUCUCCCAGUGUGACACACUCACUGAUUCCCUCUCAGAAACUCCAGCUGGGAAGUUUUCAGAUCCCAAAGCCACUGAGCCAUGAAGCCCACAGACUGAAUGUCGUCAACAGCAUGUUUGUUGGCGUUGAUGCAGUGGAACCAUGGUGACUUCACAUCUGAUAAAAAUCUCAUCCUGAGGGCAAUUCAAUAACAGGCGUUGGAAAAUGAGAGUCUAAUGAGACCAGGUCUCUGUUGGUCUCUGUUGGUCUCUGCCAGUCUCAUGACCUCGGCGUGGAGAAUGCGUUUACUGCUCCAAUCUUUGGGAAGUCACAAACGCUGAUGGUCAUGUGUUGGACGUCAGUGUCUGACCUUCAAACUGUAUUCUCCUGUUCAAUCACUCUUCCUCGCUGCUCUCAUCAGAGGACAGCUUUCUUCUUCUUGUCUUAUCUACUUCUUGUUUCUCCUCAGAGAUUCAUCUCCCUCUCUCCUCACUGUUGUAUAGUUAGUGCAAUGCUCUCCUCUGCUAUGUGGUGGCUGCUGGGUUUGUUGAGCUGCGUGCUGCUGGUGGCCGUCGUCUUCUUCCUGACCAGUCGACGUUACAAGAUAUUUAGCGAGCGGUGCCUGCGGCCUCCGGGGCCCUUGGUCAUCGACAGCAAACAGAGGGAUGAGCGGCUGAAGAAAGGGUUCCGUUCAGACCGCGUUCCCCCGGCUCUGGAUGCCGUGGUGAUUGGCAGUGGUGUGGGAGGUUUGACGGCAGCGGCGCUUUUGGCCAAAGCUGGAAAGAAGGUUUUAGUUCUGGAGCAACAUGAUCAAGCUGGAGGCUGCACGCACACCUUCCAGAAUAAGGGAUUUGAGUUUGACGUGGGUAUCCAUUACCUGGGCCAGCUUCAUGAGAACAGCCUGCUCAGGGUCACUCUGGAUCAGAUCACAGAUGGACAGCUGCAGUUUGCACGUCUGGGGAAACACUUUGACACGCUGAUCCUGGGUCAGGCUGACCAGCGCAGGGAGUAUCAUAUCCACGCAGGGAAGACAGAGAUGGCAGCGAGCUUAAAGAAGCAGUUUCCAGGAGAGGAGAAGGCCAUUGAUGAGUUCAUGAGAUUAAUGAAGCUCGCUUCAAAGAGGACAGCACUUAUCGCCAUUUUGAAGAUGAUUCCCUACUGGCUGGUUAUCUUCUUGGUCCGUACAGGCCUGUUAGCACACAUCUCAUCAGUGUUCAGCCUGGCGACAACCAGUCAUUCAGAAUUAAUGUCCCGCCUCACGCAGAACAAGGACCUGCAGGCGCUGUCUGCCUACCUGUUCUAUGGUGUCCCUCCUAAAGAGUCCAGCUUCCUCAUCAACGCUCUCCUCCUUCACCACUACAAACGCGGGGCAUAUUACCCAAGAGGGGGCGCUAGUGAGAUUGCCUUCCACAUCAUCCCCAUCAUACAGCAAGCAGGGGGUGCAGUGCUGGUCCGAGCUCCAGUACAGCGCAUCCUGCUCAACCAGCAAGGGAAGGCCUACGGUGUGACCGUGUUAAAAGGCCAAGAAGAGAUUGAGGUCCGUGCCCCUGUUGUCAUCUCCAACGCUGGCAUCUUCAACACCUACCAGAAGUUUCUUCCUCAGCAUGUGCAAGAAAAACCAGAGAUGCAGUCACUGUUGGGGAGGGUACGUCACGGUAUGGGUUCCUUCUUGGUCUUUGUGGGUCUGGACGGAACCAAAGAGGAGCUCGGCAUCGUCUCUACCAACUUCUGGUUGUAUAAAGACAAUGACCUGGAUUCACUGAUGGAGCGCUACUCUUCCUUGACCAGAGAUCAGGUAUUAGGGAACAUUCCCAUGAUGUUCAUCACCUUUCCAUCUGCUAAAGAUCCCACAGCCAACAUCAGGCACCCAGGUAAAUCUUGUAUGACUUUACUAACCAUGGCUCGCUAUGAGUGGUUUGAGGAAUGGGAGGGGACGAAGCUUGGCAGAAGGGGACAGGACUACCUAGAUAUGAAAAACAGCAUGGCCCAGGAGCUGCUGGACUGGGCUCUAACCAUUUUCCCACAACUUCGAGACAAGGUGGUGAUGGUGGACGCCGCCACCCCUCUGACAAAUGUCCACUAUUUGGGAGCUCCAAGAGGCGAGAUGUACGGCGCCGAGCAUAACCUGGAGCGCUUCACCCCAGAAACGGUUGCCAAGACGCGAGCGCAGACACCAGUCGACGGAUUGUACCUCACAGGUCAGGAUGUGUUCUGUAACGGCCUGGCUGGAGCCGUGCAUGGAGGACUGCUCUGCGCCUCUGCUGUCCUCAAUCAGAUCCUUUACAUCGACCUCCUGGCCAUGAAGAACCAGCUGAAACGCCAACGCACCAAUGAUAAGCUCUUCUAGCAGCGACGCGGCUGCUGUGCGUGUCCGUGUGCGUGUGCGUGUGUGUGUACGUGUGCGUGUGUGUACGUGUGUGUGUACGUGUGUGUGUA